AGUUCAGUCUCACUGCCUCCUUUGUGUGUGUGUGGUGUAGACGGUGCUGCUUUCUGAGCACAGCGCCUUGCUCACCCCUAGGGCGUUCAUAAGCCAAAUAAUUCGGGUUUUCCGCGUCACAGCAGAACUGCUGGAGCAUGUCUGUAGAGCUGGAGCCCGGUUUCUCCAACGACGAGGUGCUGAACAUACGUUACCCGCUUCACCGCGCAUGCAGGGAUGGAGACGUCGGCGUUCUGUGCUCUUUGCUUCAGCGCUCCGCCAACCAGGCGGACCUGGUUGCCGAAGACUCGUUUUACGGCUGGACCCCCAUUCAUUGGGCAGCACACUUCGGGAAGCUGGAGUGUGUUAUGAGGCUGGUGCAAGUGGGAUGUGAAGUUAAUGCACUGACAACACAGUUCGCCCAGACCCCGGCUCACAUUGCUGCAUUUGGAGGAAAUCCAGAAUGCCUGCUGUGGCUCUUACACACUGGGGCUGAAAUAAACAGACAGGAUUAUGUGGGUGAAACACCCAUUCACAAAGCAGCACGGGCCGGUAACAUGGAGUGUAUUAAUGCCUUGUUGGUCCAGGGAGCCAAACCGGACUUGAGGAAUGCAAAUGGUUUGACAGCAGCUGACCUGGCCCAUGGUCAAGGCUUCCAUGAUUGUGCUCAGCUUCUCUCUAACGCACACAACCAGCUAAAUAAGCUAAAUGGAUUUGCUCAUAAUGGGACUGACCACACGCACAUCCAGGGCCGCAGUCUUCUGAAUGGGACAGCCAAUAGGAAAAGAUUUCUCGAUUGCACGGAGCCAAACCAUGUGAAAAAAGCAAGAACUGAGAGCACAAAUUUCUCGGAGAAGACAAACAAUGGAAUUGGAGAGGAGCUUGAAAGUAUGAAUGUGGAAUCAACUGCUGAAAACCAAUCAGAUGAAGCCAUAGCCACAGGUUUGAGGAAUGGUCAUGGGCAGCAGAACAGUUUCACUGUCAACAGCUUCGCCACAAACGGGCAAUGCUAUCAGUCCCCUUUCAUUCCAGCUGAAUCGAGAAACGACAUGUGUGGCUCACUGCACCUCAAUGGUAGCCCAAGCAGCUGCGUAUCUCACCGGCCUGCAUGGGGUGCUUUUCUGCCCGACUCCGGUGAAUAUCUCCACUAUGGACACUACCAUGGUUUUGGAGAUACGGCAGAAGACCUGGAAGAUGUAAGCAGCUGUCACGAGCACACUAAAACCGUGAAAGUAGAGCAGCACUAUGACCAAGAGGUUCUCAGUGCCGUGCAGCUGUUCCAUGGAUCAUAAAAGUGAAAAUUAUAUCCGUCCAUUUAAUUAGAAGUGGUGGAAGGUUGGUGGCAGCACUAUCCGCCUUAAACGAAUUAAAUCUUGCACCUUAAUGCAGGCUAUAAUAAAAGUUUUUGUUUUUGAUAAAGGGGAAAAUCUUUCUACCAAAGGGGAGAUGUAUUGCAUUUUGUAUCUGACCUAAGGAAUUUAUUUUAUUAUGUAUGUGUUUGAACUCAACCUAGCUAUCUGGGUGCAUUUCUUUUUUACCUUUAAUGCAAGUUUAGAAAGUACAAGGAGUUGAUUUUUUUUUUAUGUGGAUUAAUUGUUAGUUUGUAACGUUAGUUUUGUGCCAAUGAAAACCAGCUUUUUGGAAAAGGAGAAUUUUGUAUAUAAUUGUUGUUGUAUGCUUGUCAGUUUUUUUCCACUGAGAAGCAAAGCUGACAUGCUGACUGU